AUGCUAAUAUCUCUUCGAGACUUCGUACAUCUCCUCCUGCUGAUCUCCGCAAAGCGCGAGAUCGAGCUCGUCUACUCGACGCCGUUUGCGCUCAUCUGCAAGCACAUCGAUGAGGCGGCGGGCGUGAUGGCGCCCGACCCGAUCCAGCUCGUCUACCGGCUGAUUGCGGACUCGCUCGUGUCGCAAAAGAUCGAGGACCCUGCCGACGCCAAGAGCGGCACAAACACGACCCUGCUGAGCGACUCGAUGCCGAAAGGGACUUCCAUCCGAGACUUUACCCUCAAGAAGCUGGUCGGCCGCGACGGCUUUGGCAACGUCUGGCUGGCCGAGCGCAAGCGGACGCGCGACCUGGUGGCGAUCAAGGUUCUCUCGCGCAAGGAGACGACGGUGUGGAUGAUGAACCGCGCAAAGAACAUCCUGGCGCACGCCGACUCCCCGUAUGUCAUCAAGCUCUUCUUCUCCUUCUCGACCGCCAACCACCUGUACAUGGCGAUGGAGUACGCGCCGUGCAGCGACUGCUUCUCCCUCCUCUCCUCGCUGGGCUUCCUCGAGGAGGCGAUCGCGCGCUUCUUCCUCGGCGAGGCCGCGGCCGGCAAGGAGCCCCAAGGCGCCGGCGGCAGCAGCCUGCCGUCCAACAAGCACAACUCGCUCGAGGUUGGCACCGCCGACUACCUCGCCCCAGAGAUCCUGCGCCGCCAGUGGCACGACCAGCGAGUCGCCUACCACCUCCUCGCGGGCGAGACGCCCUUCGGCGACUCGACCGCCACAAAGAUCUACGCAAAGGUGCUCGUCGGCGAGUACGAGCGGCUCUCCCCCUCCGACGUGUCGCCCGAGGCGGCGGACUUGCUCUCGCAGCGCAUCUAA